UCCGGAGUCGCGAACGACCACAGCACGAGGCCCUGGUGCCGCCAGAGUGCUUGCGAGAGCAUCUCCGACGCCUCGCCCCACACUCCCGGACCCCCGAUCCCAAAUCAAUUGCAGCAAAUUAAAGCCAUCCUCGCGAAUUCUCAUUAGACGAUGCAAUUGCGCGCGUUCGCCACACGCGAGCUUAUGCAACCGUUUACAACAUCAACCACUCGUUACAGCGCGGUGUUCAGUGACCAAGUUACAGUGCUAGUGCGUGAAAGUGACCGCUUGUUUACUUACACUUCUUUAGAUCUCAAUUCAACGUGGAAGUGUUAUAAGUGUUACGUAUUUAUUUUAAGCUGAAAAACAAAAUUGACAUUGAUGCUAUUUUGAGUGGACGCCGAAGAAUUGUUUCGUUUGGCAAAACGCCAAAACACGUUGGGAACAGCUGACUGUAAACAAACAAUUUAGCAUAUACAAGUUUUGCAUAUUUCAAAUUUUUACAGUCACCAUCAUUACAAAUGCCCAAAAUAAAACUCGAAAAAAUUGAGAAAUGGCAGAAAAAGAGGACAUAAGUGAUAGUGACGGUCCAAUAAUAGACGAUAAUAUAAUACGUAUUCAACUUAGGAAACCAUGUCACAAGAAAUGGGAACUACGAACGAGAAACCAUUCCCCCGGGGUCAGAUUCCCAACAAUACAACUUUUUGAUUGUGAAGGAAAUCUUCUCGUUGAAACGAAUGACGAAAACAUAUCAAUAAAGAGUUGUGACUACGAUGAUACCAAUUUGCGAACUUCUCGUUCACUCAGGGAAAAAGACUUCAAACAUUAUAUUGAUAAAAAGCCACUUCGCAAACAUAACACGAUUGCAGGUGACAAAAUAUACACGCGAGUGUACCGGACUCCUAUAAGAAUAAGUGCUAAUGUGGAACCACCCAGCCAAAAUUAUGUUAUUAAAGAUAGCAAUAGCAUUACAAACAUUCCAAAUAAACUCACAUUAACAAACUUACCUAACAUAAAUGCAAAUAGUCUCGACACAACUCCCUUUCAAUCCGAUGGCUAUAGUGAAGUAAGCAGUUAUAAAAGUUCAGAUAACGAAACCUGUGAUGACAUUAAAAAGGACUGUGAAAAGCAUCACGAACCGAUUGCAAAUUCAGAAGACACUGUGCCUAAUGGCAUUACAAACAGUAGUUUAAGUAGAUCGGAGUCCGUUACUUCUGUAACCAAAACAAACGAAACUGGUCAAAUAAGUAGGGAUUUAUCUGAUAAAGAAAAUGAAGAAGAUUUAGGACUACACAAAUCCCGGUCGCUCAGUGAGGCCGCGUUAGGAAUAACAAAAGGUUUCAAAAGUGACACUUUGCCGCGUUCGCAGUCGGGAGCAUGUGUGUACCGCCCUCCUAACAAUAAGGUAUCGUUUCUCAACACUUAUUUAAAAAGUUUACCGAAGCGAACAAGCUCUAAUCCGGAUUGGUUUACUUUACAUCGGAGAAAAAAUAUUGAGAAUUCACAAAAUUGGCGUCCCGUAGUAAACCGCUGGGAGCUGCAAAAAGUAAGUCCGGAAAAGGCGUGGCGAGGAGUUAACACAUCAGACACCGAGUUCAUUAAUAUUCCUACCGAUGUCGCGGCUGACUGUGAAAUGAAGAAACGACUAAAAAUGUAUCGACGCGGUUUAUCAGAAGUGGAAACGCGGCAACGAAAACUGAGUGUGUCGAAACGAAGACAUUCUGUGAGUGACGUCACGCGCAUGUCGACAACAUCAUCUUCAGAAAGUGUGGACGAGGCUGACUUAGUGCUCAAUCGAUUAAAACGAAGAAUUCUCAAGAACAAGUUCAGGGAGAAGCGACAGGCUCUCGGCGCGAAGUAUUUGUUCAAUCAAAGGCCGAUCAGACGGAGUAGCGAUCAGUCACAAUCCGAAGGGUGGCGCAAUGCGGGCGGCGGGGCCCCUCUGAGGUCCCGCCACGCUAUGGGCUCGAAUAUCAGCCAGCACUCCGCCAAGGGUCUCAAGGGCCGUAGGGCGCGCUCCAGCGGCGACCUCUGCAAUGGAGACUCCAAGAGCCAGACAGAGUCGUCAGUAUGCGGCUCGGUGGUCGGCGACGUCAUGGGCUGGAACCGAUCCUUGCCAAACCAUCUGGAUGGGAACCGCCAUCUUGCGGACUACAGCCGUGUAAACAACAACUAUGCGGAGUUCGGCACGUACCGCUGCCACCCGAAGGGAGGCCGGGGGCUCCGCUACAGAGUCUCAAAGUCUGGAUCAGACGCGGAGCCGGUAUGGAAGCUGCAGGACCCGGGCUUCGACCAGGGGUACGGGUCAGAGCGGUCUCCAGAGGACGACUAUGUCGCCCCCAUCGUGCCCCAGGCGGUCUCGCUUGAGGAGUACGAAGCCGACCUACGAGCUAUAUACCCGUUCAUCAAUGAAGAAAACACGUUCACCGUAGUAGUAGAGAAGGACGGGCGCGGGCUGGGGAUGUCGGUGUGCGGGGGCGGAGGCCUAGUGCGGAUCCGCAGGCUGUACCCGCCGCAGCCCGCAUGGCGUACCGGCCGGCUCGCCCCGCGGGACUUACUGCUCGCUGCCAACAACGUACCGCUCGCCGGACUUACCACCUACGAAGCUCUAGAAGUGCUGCGUACGGCGCCUGCCAGGGUGGAGCUAAGGGUGUGUCGGCCCCCUCCAGAAGCACUGGAGAGUGUCACCCCCCCGGACCCGCCGACACCCCCCGCGCGCACUCCGCACCCCCCACAUUUACCACCGUUGGAUCCCUUGAACUGCCAUCCAAUGCAUCAAAGACUGUCUCAAACCACCAGCAGUGCAACCACAUCGUCUUCCGAGGGUCGCGGCCGGAGAGACCACAGUCCAGAGCCUGACCGUCGGGACCUGCACCUUCCGGACCUCGACCAACCCCUGCCAGUAUACGACGUGCAGUAUGGCGAAUUCGACAUAGUGAUGACGAAAGUGAACGGGUCCCUGGGUUUCACGUUGCGGAAGGAAGACCACAGCGCUCUAGGUCAUUACGUGCGGGCGUUAGUACGCGAGCCUGCCCUGAGUGACGGCCGGAUACAGCCUGGAGACAGAAUCGUCGCGGUGAACGACACGCCAAUGUCAAAUAUGUCACACGCGGAGGCGGUGGCGUUCCUGCGAGCGUGCGGCUCCGAGGUGCGCUUGCGACUGUACCGCGACCACGCCGCCACGCCACUGUCGCCCAUGUCGCCCAGGGAAGAGCCCACUGACUCCGACGCCCCGCUCAACAGGCCGAAGCCUCCACUAAGACCAGAAGCAGUGUCGAUGCUAUGCGACCUGGCGGCGCGAAGGUUGACCCCGGACACAGCAGACGGUUCCCGGUCACCCUGCUUAUCACCGCGCAAGUUCCGGAAGCUUACCAAGGAAAACAACCAUUAUGAAACGCCUAAUGAUGUUCCAAGUUCCAACGUAACGGUAGACUCACACAAAAUGGAACGCUCAGAGGGCACUCCAGAAGCGAAGCGGCCACUGCGAGCGCAUUCUGUAGCCCUCACCAGCCCAACAGCACCCACUACUUGUAGAAAACAAAAACUAAGCCUGACAGUUCCGCCGCACGGUUACGAAUUAAAUAAUUUGGACAACGAUGCGUUGGACGCGCCAAACGUGUACCAGGAGGACAUACAUCGACAGCGGUACGCGGAGCCAUCGUUCCCCGUGGAUUCCGAUGAACCGGUGUCCAUGCCAGCAGAGCUAUCGAAUGACGAAGCAAGAUUCAAGCAUACUAAUCCAGCUUAUCAAAGCGCUGUGCUUCAUACUUCGACUACGGCGAGUGAUGGAACUUCUGAUGGACAUAAGGAUGACAUUAACGGUUUGAAGAAAUGGAAAGGCGUUGUGGCGUUGUCUCCCGACAACGAACGGAAGAUGAAGAUAGAAGCUCCACCGCCGCCACCUGCUCCACCGCUAGUGAAGGUCAAGGAUGUCGAUUCCGUCCAGAAAGAAAACGUCAAGCCCGAUCCGCCGAACGAUACCACCAGCACUGAACCCACGAUUGUGACUGUGGAGCUGAAUCGCGGAUGGAACAGUCGUCUCGGGUUCAGUGUUCAGAGCCACCCGGAGUCUGGACAGAGCUACAUCUCUGCCGUGUACAACGACAGUGUCGCAGCCAGAGAUGGGAGGUUGAGACGCGGUGACGUCAUAUUACAGGUGAACGAUGAAAAUGUGACAUCAAUGAAGACACCAGAAGUUAUUGACCUUCUGCGGAUCCUGAGGGGAUCUAUCUGCAUCACAGUCCUGCGCCCACCCAGCUCAUAGAGGACGCAAUGAACAAAACAACUGUAAACAUUGACUUUAAAAAUCAAAGGAAGAAGAAUUAUAAUGCUUGAAUUAUAAAUGAAAAGAACAUAAUAGAGAUUAACAAAGAUGACUUUAAAGAAAGAACCAAGAAACUAUUUACGAAUAUCUAUAACGAAAAUCAUACUUGAUCGAUGAAGUGAAACCAAUAUUUCGAAAAGUGAAUAAAGACAAGUGAAUAUAAAGUUGAUCAAGUUAAUAUAGAACAAACAACAAGAGGGUAGGGACAAUAGAGAGAUGGAGAAUCUGCUAGCUACAGAAGAGUUUUCAUUAAAUUCAAUUGAAAAUAAGUAGCAUGUAGAGAUUUCUGAGGAUGCCUUCGAUGAAGGUGGUAGGGCAAGCUAUGAAUGUAGUAAUAGUUGUUAAAAUAUAUGUAUAUGAUGACGUAGAGACUUGUUAUGAAGCAAAAUAUUGAAACUAAUACUUGAUGCGUGAAAUCUUCUUCCUAACAUUAACUGUUUCAAAGUUCCUAAACAGUGACUAUACUACCACACCGAAAAAACGCUACACUAACGUCGAAUGAAAUAACGUUAUUUAUAAGUUACCUAUUUAUGUAAUUAAUCUUGCGGAAUUGAUCUCUGUAGGAAUCUUAAAGGGAUUCGUAAAGUAUUUUUUUGGUAAUAUUACGACAGAGGGUGUUACUGAAAAUUUUAGCACAACUAGAGAGAUAUUUUUAUCUAUGGCUCUUACUUUUAGUAACACUCUAACUAAUGUAAGUCUUAAGGAAUUAGUUAUUUGUCUACUACCCGACCAACAAACGCGCAACGAACUCAAGCAGAAACAUAAUUAAUAAAAUAAAUAGAGAUAUUUUCACUGUCCUGUGCAAGUACCUAACAAAUCCUUUCGCACGUAUCUAAAAAUACCUAACCUUCACUAUUGUAGAAAAAUAAUUAAAAAUGUAUCGCAUUCCACGAUUUUGUAAAUAAUGUAAAGUAAAAAGACAAUUUUGUCUAUUUAGUGUGUUAGGGACGAGUCAUACUCUUUCAUUGAGCAAAAGAGACGCGAAAUUGACGAAAUUUUAAUCUUUAAAGUCAUGUAUAUUAUUUUUUAUAGUUUUGUUUUUACCAUUUACCCGGGCUUAUAAUUGCCUGGAUGUUAGACGUAAUGAUUUGAAUUUCGUCCAAUGUAUUAACGUAAAGAUCUCAAGUUAUCUCAAGGAGCGAAUAUUUAGAUUUGUUCUUGUUUGCUCAGUGUUUGAUUUCUAACUACGACUAGCAUAUUAACUUUGUAGCCUAUGAAAUAUAAUAAAUUAAGGCCACGACACAUGCGCACUGCACAAACAAAAUACCAUAAUAUACCUACUUACCUAUAAAAGUUGGAAUCUCUUUAACAAAUGGAAAAGUCGUUUGUACAUUGUGUGUAAACAGGCCUACUAAAUGUUCUACAUUCUAUAAACACUUACUCAAUAUAUAAAGAUGAAUAAAUAUAAUUAAUGAGUUAAAUAUUUUACUAUGUUGACACUCUAUAAUUCCUGUAAGGUACUGAUUAUAAAUUCUAGUCAAAUCUAAAUUUUAAUUGAAUCCACAGGUAGUCUUUGAUUCAUAAGUAUUGUAUUGAUAUUGUGAUUAACAUGUUGAAUAAAGUAGCUAACUUGAAAUAUAUAAAUAUACACAGAUAUGUCAUUUUAAUUCGUAAAUUGUUUUACUAUAGCUAUGUAUUUGUUGUCAACUUGAAAGAUUUUAUCGACAAAUCAACUCAAAAAUCUAUUUUAAUAUAAAAUUAGAUUUAAGAUAGUGAUACAGGGUGCUGAUUUGAACUCUGGUGAAUCUUAAAGAUCUUUAAAUGAUAUAAAAUGAUUGUACCUAAAUUAAAUAAUCUAAUCUAUGUUAUUGUUAUAAUAUUCCUUAAUGAAUCAUCAUCAUGUGUAACAAUGAAAUACAGUCCUUACCCAUUAUUACCCUGAACGAAUGAAAUAACUGAUAUUCUAAAAUUAUUGUGAUGGAUUUGUGUUAGUAUAACUGUGUAACAAUUCUAGGGAUACUAGAUGAUGCAUAGCGUAACGUAGUAGGUGCAGAUAGGUUGGCCCAGUGCAUAGCGUAGGUACGCCAGAGGUCAACAGAUAGUACAAAGAGUAUAAACAAUUGAACUCUGGUCGUAGUGCAUAUACCUCGAAACAGAGGUGAUACAUGGUGACUAUUUAACAGGACCACUGCAUUAGAAAAGCUAUUAAAUACAACCUUACACUUUUUAAAAUAAGGUUCAGUUAUACAGAAAUAAUGAGGGAAACUGUCAAAAGUGUUUCAAAUAUAAAGUGGUCCUUGCGAAAAUGUUCGCCAUGUAUUAUGCAAAGGCGAUUUUCAUACGACACGGUUGGCGAUGACGCAUUGACUUGUAUGUAAUCCGCUGAUGACUAAUACACGAACUCCGCGUCGCCGCGCGGUGAACCGCUACAAAAUCCGCGUCGUGUGAGAAUCGCCUAAUAAGUAGUUAAUAGUGAAAUAGAAAAUGGUGACAUUAGAAAAUUGUAUAAGCAAAUCAUUAUCAAAAUUGAAACCAAUGUAAUUACUUCACAAAAUGUGAUGUCAACUAAUCAUGAAAAUCACCUCUAUGCCUACUUUUAUAAGCUUUUAUUCUUUUAUCAAAUAUCUGAAAUAUUGUUCAACUAAAGUAAGUAGCUGAAUACUCCUCUAUGACUCUAUCAAUUGCAGAAUAGAACUCCACGUUCUUACAACGCAACAGGAGUCAUAAUCGACCACAAGGCCUAAGCCACUAAACCUCUAAUACAUAACAUAAACAGCCUAUACACGUCCCACUGCUGGGCACAGGCGUCCCCUCAAUCAACAGGUGGGGGUUAGGAGCAUACUCCACCACUCUGCUCCAAUGCGGGUUGGUGGAGAUGUUUUUACGGCUAAUAGCCGGGACCAACGGCUUAACGUGCCCUCCGAAGCACGGAAUCAUCUUACUUUUUCGGACAAUCAGGUGAUUCAAGCCUGAAAAGUCCUUACCAAACAAAGGACUGUCUCACAAAGCAACCCCCUAAUAGUCACAAACCUCUAAUAGUUUAGAUAUUUUUAAACAUCAUCUUCACUCUCUUAGAAAAGUAAAUUACGAAAGAAAUAAGAGAUUUUCGCCGCGCGGCAGAAAAAAGCAGCGGCAUAAUAACCCACUGCAAUUCUGUACCAAACAAUUUUAAAUUGUAUUGCGCGCACUUGACGGCAGAGCCACCGCAGCGGCGCAGUAUUACAGUGCGACAUUAUGCCGCUGCUCUUUUCUGCCGCGUGGCGAAAAACUCGUAGUGCGCGCCUGGCCUAAGUAUCAUUAAAUGUCAAAUAUAAUAAUGCGACAGGGUUCUAAAGUGGGUACAAGAUAUUCCUCAUGACUGUACUCUACCGAAACGCUACCCUCGCGCCUCGGCCUCGUUCGUACAGUUUCGUGUCACCCGAUCAAUCACGCGACCGCAGCGUAUAGCCGGAGGAGUAUUCAGCAAGUCUUCGUUGUGAUUUGUCCUGAAAAUUAAUUAUUAUGAUUUGUACUUGUAGUAACCAGUGAUAUUAAGUUUUAUUUGUACGGUGCUCAAUUGUGCGGUCAACGCGUUGCACACUGCUUACUAGUCUACAGUAUGCCUUAUGCCUGAACCGUAGUCUGUGGUCACCUGUGACGUCAGUCAUUAUAUAAAGGAAUGUAUCAUAAUUAUAAAUAAUAAUUACAUUAAUAAAGAUAUUGAAUUAAAAAUAAUUACGAUUUA